ACUAAGCCGAAAUGGUGAAGAAGGAAAUGGAUAUACAGCGGGAGACAGAGGUAACGUGCAUCAAAACUUCAUUUACAUCAAAAAGUUGAUCUCGCAUUUCAAUCUUACCACGAGCCCACAUGAUAAACACACUUUCGUGACAAAUUCGAGCUUUAUUUGAUCGAGACGAAAUUGCAAAUGUCAUUAGUAUUGCAAAUUCAAAUUAGCCUGCCGACGUCAGCAAGUUAAGCUCUUUGGAUUAAUACAUUACGCCGAAGUACACUCGUCAAAACGUAACCUUACGAAGGCUGAAAUGAUGCUGUUUUCGGGUAACCUAGAUAUAUCGCCCAAUUCAGUGAAAGUAUUUUGUACCGAAGCAAAAGAUUUGUCGUCGGAUUUGAAACACAUGCGGAUGUUGGCAAUCUGUUGUGCUAAAUCCCAAGCGGCGUGUUCUGUCACGCGUUUUCUUCGACAAGACAUAGAAAAUACAUUUCACCUGUAUUUUCUGUGUCUUGUAGUUGUUGUAACUGCCCAGUUGCUCUACACAAAAUCGUUUUUGUUGCGUCUUUCCUUUACAAAAUUACAAUCGUUGACCUUGGCGUGACCGCACACAUAACGGGAUUGCGUGAGAAUCGAAAGGAAAACACUGAUGUAUUAGCUUUUAGACAUUAUUCUUCAACUAUCCUAUGGCAAGGAGACCCUUUUAUUUUCCAAAUACUCCAGGUUGGAAAUAUCUCGGCCUGAGGUGUGAAGUCAUCAAAUUCUAUUUAUUGGCUAAAGGCGUUAAUCUAAUUUCAAAGCUUACUUCGGGUUAAUCAUAUUAAUGCACUUCGAACAGAUCUUUCGAAGCAUCGAUCUUCAUCCAAAAACUUUGAUAAAGACGACCGAUAAGGGCACUUGCGAUCUAAAGCGCGAGAAUAUUCUUUUCGCAGGUCAUCAAGAAAUGUAAUUGAUGGUGGCGCAGAUAUUGAAAUGACUUUGUAAGAGGGCGAUUAAACAUAAAUUUUUCUGCUUAGACUGCUGAUGUGAAGCAGUAAGCUGAAGCGAAACAUUUCAUAACGAUUAUUUCAUCGCUGCUUUCUACACCGCGAGAAUGAAAAUAAUCACGAAAAUUGUAUCAUGAUCAGCUCUUAGAUAACCAUCAGUUCCACUAUUCGGGGAUUCCCCGUCUAGGACUCUGAAGAUAUUUGCGUUUACAUUAAUCGAUGGCUAGCAUCUUGCGACUAGAGAAAUAGUUCUAAUAAUAAUAAAGGCUGAGACAAUUUUAUUUGUUUCUUUAUAAAAUAGAACUAAGCGAAAUUUGAACCGUUUAUGGCCAAAGCAAUAAACAUUUUUCGAUAAAACUCAAUUCGGAUGAUCAUUCCAACCGUUCGAUUUAAUGAAUAUACAAAAAAAUUUGCAUUUGCCGAUUUGGCGAAAGCUAACUUAUUGAAAAGAGAAGUUACUCCUUCUUAUCACAGAAGAAGUCUUGUUAGAAUUGCUGCCGAAGAAAUGAAAAUUAGCUUAUAUCAUCAGCAACCGUAUGGUCGAAAACUAAGUCGCUGCCUUGUUUACAGUUGGUUACUUGAACAAACAGGUACUUCAAAAAAAAAAAAAGGGAAAAACCCCUUCUACUGAACAGCUGGUACGAUAAGUUAUUCAAUAUUGAGGUGGGAUGAUAUUUGCAUAUUAUAACAAUACUCUAAAAGCGAACAUAAAAAGACAUCGCACGUGGGUUUUAGACAUAAAAAAAUGCUUUGUAUGCAAUAAGAUCUCUUAAAUGUAUUUUUGACAGACAGCCAGUCUGGACAGCAUUUCAAAGUACCGCGAGCGUUGUUGACAGUCGGAGACACCCCCCGCAAAGGGAAAAACCCCUUUUCAAAAGGGACUUCCCCAAAGACAGUGGAAGGAGCAUAUAAAAUUUGAGAACUCUAAAACGUCGGUAGAGUAUCCUCGGCGAAACGACUGACGAAAGACCCUUUACGCUUCAACUUAAAAGCGAAACCGAAUUUUAAAUCCGCUGAAAUUUUUAGCUUUAAAACUUGAUGUGAGCUAGUACUGGAAGAAAAAGCUAUUGCCAUUCAUCUUGAUCGGGAGUAAAAAAAUUGGCCUUCGAGUUUAAAGUCGUUUCCUCUGAAGCGAAGGAGAGAGGGAGAGAAGGAGAAAAAAAAUAUGCACGAUUACAGCAAACUGUCGGGAACGAGAAGAAUGCGUUUCCGAGAAUGGUUGAUCAGCAAACUCGAUAGUGGAGAAAUUACCGGAGUGCAGUGGCUGGAUAAACAGAGAGGAGUCUUCAAAAUUCCUUGGAAACACGGUUCUGGUCGAAACUGGUGUCCAACAGACGCUGAUAUCUUCAAAGAAUGGGCGAAACAUUCUGGGAAGUUUGUGGAAGGCAGAGAUGUAGAGGAUCCUUGUAAAUGGAAGACAAACUUUAGAUGCACUUUAAAUGCUCUUCCCGAUUUCAAAGAAAUUCGACAGCAAAGUAGUCCGCGUGGCCCUGAUGCCUACAAGAUUUACAGGUUGAACAAGAAACAAACAGAUCUUGUGAAGAGGGAAGAAAAAAGUAAGUUAUACGGGAAAGCGUAUCUCACACAGGUUGUUAUCCGAAUAAAUUACAUCCACGCUUUCCGGCUCAUUUAGUAACAUAAGACUCGUGUGGGAGAGAGAGUCCAUAUUUGCCUCUAGAAUGUUUUGGUUCGCCAAAACUACUUUGAGUUAACGAAAUCCAGAGGACAUUACGCGCACAACUAAGAGGUUGACCUUGUCGGCAAGAUAAGGGAAUGCUACAUAAAAUUUAGCCAAACCCGCAUUUACCGAAUCGGUGAAGAAAACACGCUCUAUGAAUAGCUUUUCAGUCACUGUGCCAGAAAGUGAAAUAAGAGUACCUUGAUAUGAAGCAAAUAGUAUACUGAUUAUUGAUAAAAAAAUAAAAAAAAAACCAGAUUUUUAAGAAACGCCAUAAGAGUUAUUGGAAUUAGAUUUCUUUGUUUCGGAUAUAAAAUAUCAUAUGUCCAUUCCUCUUAUCUAAUAUCAAGAAGGAUUCUCAUUAAGUCUACCACACCUAAUCCAAUAUUAAUUCUAGCUUCAGACGCAGGAAAUUCUUCUAUCAAGGAAAAAUAUGCUAAGUUGGCACAAGUGUUGUUUUGACGAGAAAUGCUUACAUAAGCUCAAGCCUACUUUUCAUGUCACAUGAUGCGUGGAUGCCACGCUCGACCGCCCACAUACUGUUCACUAUUUAUAGCUUUCCGCGUGAUCGACCUCAUAUAUGUGAUUGAUGAUUCCAAGAAAGGUCGUUGAAAGCUGAACGCGUCAAAACAAACCCUCUGAUCUAAUUUACAUUUUUCUAGUGUUUACCUUUGCCCUCAAAACCGAAAGGUUUCCACAUUUAUAGAUCAAGAUGCAACACAAAGCGGUUUCUUUUGGAAAAACAUCCGAUACGAAACUACAUAAGAGAGCGCCAACAACUGAUUUCAGACGCUUACGAUAUCAGUUUAAGACAUCCUGGAAACCCUUAUGUGAAUUAUGCUCCAAAUUGAAGAAAGCAAUUAAAACUCAUUUCCUUUGAAAAAUAUUCGACGAAAGAAGCUAAAUUCAAAAAACGUUACAUAAUCAUUUCUAUUUUGGCGCUAUUACCUCAAAACCACUUGAAUACACCGGAAUGAGCCUUUGUUUAGAGAAAAAUUACGUAUAAUAAAGCAAAGAAACAAACGAAGCGAAAGUGAUCUGGAAAUUGGAUUCUAAGAGUUUUAAUGGCGAUCAUAACUGCCCAGACAUUUUGCGGAGACAAAUAAAUAAAAAAUUAUCGUAAUAAUUCUGUGAUCAACUGGAAUGGAUAAUUUUCGAGCUAUUUUUAAUUUCCUACGCAACAGAUAUUUCAGCUAACCUACUGAAAGUAAGCGUUAAUUUUUUAGUCUAACUUGAGCGCUCAUGUUUGUCUUACAAGACAGACUCUUGGAAACAUGUGGUUUGACUGUUACCUCAUGUUAGCCUGAUUAUUCGGAUGUCUUUAAUUCUGAGCACAAAUUGCAAGUGCAAUACUUCAACCUUAUACUAGUUUGCGUACUCUCCAUUUGUAAACAACUCACAAUAACAUUUCUGAUGCUUGAAAGAUUUCGCGACAAUUUAAAAUGCGGGCCUUUAGCGCAUGUGACUUGUUCUCGGAAGAGACUUGAACUGUGACUAGGAAACUGUAGGUAGACUGCCUGCGUGCCAAAUAGUCAAUCAGGAACCUUAAGCAAACUACGACGAAGACAGCAACGAGGACGUGGCAAUAUAGCUCAUCACGUGCAUUUCCAAACUUUGUACAUUUCGCAGCCGUCCUCUGCACUUUGUUCAUUUUGUAGCCGUUCUCUGCAAAACAGCAACAUGAAAUCACUAAAAUUUGCGUGGUCUGAGAACAGAAGCUUUUCACAUGCGUUACUCUGAAGUAAAGGUGUAUCCCCGCAAGAGACGGUAAAAACCUCCAGCCAUUUGCGAAAUUCUAACUAAAAACAAAAAGUAGUUUUUCAAUCGACGUCUCUCUCGGCGAUGCUGUCGUGAUUGCUUAAGGUCCUUACUUAGUUAUUUUCCGAAGACGCCCAUCGAACGACAAUGUGUAGGCCUGUCGACUAAAACUGAUCCACAUUUAGAAUGUACUGACAUAAUUUCUGACAAUGUAUAUUUGCAGAGACUGAGGCACUUGGGUCAUUUGAAAGAGUAAUAGUUGAGGUAUGUAACAUCUAUGAAGGGGGUAAGUUUUUGAAGAAACCGUGUUGCUGCGUCGGUGGGAGAGUGUAUCAGGGUAAUUCAGCAUUAUCAACUGAUAACGUAUAAGAGCAACCGUUAAAUAAUGGUUUUCUUGACGCGCACUUGAGGGUAAACUGAGCAGUUGACUAUCAAAGCGGAAGUCUAUCAUCACAUGGUUAUUAUCUGUGCCAUGUAAAAGCAUGUCUUCAGAUUUCAAAGAAUAGCCAAACCUUCCAUAAUAUUUCUGAGAAUGCACUGAAAUUUACGCUAUGGACGUCAUCAUGUUCAAAAAGAAUCGGUAACCUGGCCUCACGCGCCAAAGUAAAAUGCGCGAUCCACAAUACAGCCGCUUCUCCGUUAUCGCCAAGAAUAGUUCAUUGUGUCAUGACUGCUCUUUUGUAUACUCGCUUUUGUAUAGCGCGUGACCGAUCUCAAACCAUUGCCAUGAGAAGUUAAAAACGAACGAGGGGAGUAGGGGGUGAGUCUUUGUUACGGCAUAAGAAUGAAGCUCGUCUACUAUGCAAGAUUUAAAAUGGCGGCGUCUGUGAUUUUAAGACAAUUUUUAUUAGUUAUGGUUUCAGGCUGAGAGAUCGAACCGCUGUAUACUCGCUGAUUCUUGUAAGAGGUCCACCCGGUAUUUAGGUCUUGUAACCCCGUCUCCUCAAAUAAGUGCAUGGAUCUGAUAAUUAAUCUCACAUAGUUUUUUUUAUCGAGGUUACGCUUUUAUUUCGCCAGAUGGUGGAUGACAUGUUGAAUUCCCCCGGCGAUGCUAAAUCUGAGGAGGAACCUGUGGUGGCUCCUCGUGCAAACCCAAAAUACCCAGCGUUCGAGAGUCUUGUUGCGAGCAAGUCUAAUCAAGGUACGUUAUCACUCUUAAUUAAAAGCGAACUUCGAUUAAUUUAAAAGGGAAGGCUGCGAUACCUUCGAGCGUCCCGCAAACAGAAUAGGGACCUUAAGCAAACCACGACGGCGGCGGCAACGAGGACAUGGAAAAACAAAAGAUCUAAUUGUACAUUUCUUAGCCGUCCUAUGCAAAACAACAACGUGAAAUCACCACAAUUUGCGUCGUCUGCGAACCGAAACCGCGACGGCAAAUUAGUUUAGUUUGCAAUUGGAAAUCAACGCUUCUUUUAUACGUUAUGCUGAAGUUGAGGUGUGGCGCCGUAUGAGACGGUAAACACGUGCAGCCAUUUUUGAAAUUCUAAUUAAAGGUAGAAAUUUAUUUUUUAAUCGAAGUCUUCCUUGGCGUUGCCGUCCUGACUGCUUAACGUCCCUAAUAUGCCUAUCAGGGCAGUGAGAAGGAAAACUAAUUCUUAAAAUUGUUUUCAGCUUCGUGUAGCCUUGCCUUUCCUCCCUGUAAAUUAAAGCUGUUGGGUAUUUCAGAGUAUUGGGACCUUAGGAAUAGACGAUGAAUCACAUAUCAGUUCUCACUCACCCUUUAGUGACCAGAACCUGGCGUAAUAGGCUUCCCACCCCAUGAAAUUGUUAGACACCGUCAGAUUGAAGUUUAAUGCGGAACGCAAACCACAUUUCCAAGUUUGUCGUUUACUGUUCUCUGUUUGCUGUUCUCGGUAUACCUCCUGAGAGUCAUGUUGAUUUUGAGCAUGUAUUUUGAAGCUGCCUUGUUGGAUUUUAAGGUUAAGCAGCAGUUAUUGUUCAAACCUCGUAAAAAACAAAACUGUUGGCUUUUUUAUAUCAAAAUUCAAUUGAAAUAAGAGACAAAGAUCGUUUUUGUAUAUCAGUGACAGGUAUAAGUGGGAUAACAAAACAUUCCAGCAUAUAAAAGCUGAGGUAAAUGACUUACGCGAAAACAUAACUCUUGCCGUCGAAAGCGUGAGGGAAUUCUCGCCAACGUAAGGCUGAAGUCUGCUCCGCAGUAAAAGUCGAUCUUAAGAUGUCUACCGAAUCAUUAGGAACCAUUGAAUGCCUUCAAGUUAAACUGGCUUCUCAAUUUCCACCAAAAUCUAAUACGCUGAUUUUUGUUCAACAGAUGUGACUCGAUUUCCAUAUACGUGGUAUUUGGCGGCUUGGAACGCCCUCAACGUCGAUAUGCACGACGAAAAACAAAGCGCAACUUCUGAAGACGAAUUUGUUGACGUUGAAAAUGAUUCGGUCGAAAACGGAGAAAUCAGCAGCUAAGGAGUCCAACCUUCUCUCCUAGAAAGAUGUCUGAAAUCAUCCGUGUAAUCAGUGUCAUAAGUUUUGAAAGCAAGUCAAAAACACGUUGAAGGACUCGGUAACCAAAAGAAAACUUCUCAUUGCCCCCUCAGUGGAGACUGGGAGGGAGAAAGUCAAAUACCGGGUGGUUUCAUGUGUAGGUAAGGUACAAGAACAAAAGUUAUGUACAUAGAGUUAUGUUAAUAGCUUGAGUGUAAAUAAUGUUAUGGGUUGCGUGCACUUGUGAAAUACUGGUAGGUUAAGAUUAUACUGAAUGUAGUUUGAAGUGGUACAGAAAAAGUUCGAAGUAGCGCUACUAAACGUAUAGUUCAUAAAAUGACAACUGGCCCUUUGAAUCGGGGGAGGGCCAAAGUUUACCACUGAAAUUUAUGACUGAUCUUGCCACGUAAAAAUUACAAACUUAUUUCACAAAGAGCUUCUUGGAAAUUCCAAUCUUCCAAGAUGACUACCACCAGAGGAGAACUCCUAUUACCCCCCGAGUAAUAGGAACUGUGUCUAUAAUAAAGCAUCCCAAAGAACUGCCAGCUAAUGCACCUUCUAGGUCGAAAGGGAACUUUGAAAUUAGUUUAAUGAACAAAACCACUAAACUAACCCACUGAUGCAGAAGUCCGUUGUAACCAGUUCACUUCAUAACGCUCGCUUGGCAAGAUUUUAAGUUGAACUGUAAUUCCGCUUCAAAGAUUCAUAUGCAGACUACAUCAGGAUAAUUUUUAGUGUUCCAGUCACUAGUAACACUUUCCCAUUUUCAUAGGCAAAAAUCUUAUUAAGUCUACCUAUUUCUAACAACUUAGGUUUUAGAAUAUUUGUAAUAAUAAGGGUUUAUGAUAGGUCUUCGUCACGGAGUUGGCUACUUCUUUUUCGUGCCGUAAGAACAAUAACAAAAAAAAUUGAAGUUGAUAAGAACUGUAAAAUUUAUCUCGUGUUUUAAGUGAAUAAAGGCUUGACUCGAAAAAGUGGCGAUUGUGCUUUGCAUGACUGUUUGUCUGUUUUUGUGGUUUUUCGUUUAGAAGAGGAAAGAUGAGUCGUUUACUGCUGCAGUGGUAAAUCCAAAUACAACGCCAUGUUAUUGGGAUCAGAAUUUCUUUCUUCCAAAUGUAUGCUCCCAAGAACCAACCUGCUCGUGGCCGUUACGAAAACUCCAUAAUCCACUCUGUGAAACUCUUAAAAGCGAGUUUAAGUUUUUUUUUUUUUUUUUUGUAGAUCUAAAUUGACUUCUGACAUACCAAUUUUUAUGGGCAAGAAAUUUUUCAACACUUAGAACAUAGAGGACAAAAUUGCUAAAUGCUGAUUGGUUGAGACAGAGGGCACUUUUCCGACAAUAUUUCAUUGCGUAAACAACGCAUAAUCGACAAUUUUUGCCUUGUUUUUGUAUAAUCUAGAGACAGAAUAAUUUAUAACGUAAGCGCUUGGCUUGGUUUUGAACCGCAGUGGACUGACAUGGCAAGUUGCUGCACUGUAUGGUAAAUUUGAAACGGCCUGCAUGCUUCGAAUUCUUUUGGUCGCCGAGUUUGGCCCCGAUCAUAUUAAGAAAGUCAAGCUCAUCAUUUCAAGAUCGAUUUUCUCGGAAAUUCCGGAAGGGAUGAAGCUCAAAUGUAGCGGGGAGAAUAAGCAACAUUUCAGCGAUCAACGACCUUCGCUAGUUAGGAGAGAUUUUUUUUUUAGCGUUCAUUCUAAUUUGGAGUGGAGGAGGUCGUAUAGCUGGCAGCCACCAAGUUGCAAGCCUUUCUUCUCUUAGCGGCCUCCGGCCGAAACAAAUUUCGUAAAAAUACGCUUCAAACGGCCUGUGAAGGCUGAAAAAUAUCACAAAUGCGUCCAUUAAAAUUUCAUUGAACUUUGUUGAGUUAUUCAGACCGAAAUGUAAUUUAGAUAUGCAAUUUUCAGAGCUUUAUUCAUAACCCUCAUAUAUUUUGUUCGUCUCACGUCAACUCGUAUUAACCACAAACAGAUAGUGUGGUCUGCCUGUGCGGCAACGGCAACGGCAACGGUAAAAACGACGCGAGAAAACAAAAGAUUUAAUGGGUAGAACAAUAGCUCAGAAUGUGCACUUUAAAACUUUGUGCAUUUUUUAGCCGUCCUGUAAAAAAAACAACAACGUAGAAUCGCGAAAAUUUGCGUUGUCUGAGAACAGAAACUUCCUCGACAACUUAUUCAGUGUUCCAUAUUGUACUCAACACUGCUCACUUACGUUAUAUCGAAGUUGCGAUGUGCC